AUGAUAAUAAAAGGACUGUUCAGGAGGUAUGAAAGAUGGAACCCAGUACACCCAACAUCUGGAGCAUUUUGGGGAUUGGGAGUAGGAAUUGGUUGUGGUAUUGGAUGGGGUCCUGGUUUUGGGCCUGAGGUGGUUGGUUAUGUUGGAGCUGGAUGUGGUGUUGGUUUUAGUGUUGGUUUCACUCUGCUUGGUGCUGGAAUUGGUCUUCCUGCAAAUUGGCUCCUUCAAGUUCCUUAUAAUGCUGCGAUGGCAACAAGAAGUGGUGCAUUGGGAUUUGGUCAAUCUAGUGGUCUUCCUUUCUCCAAAAACAUUGCAGGGGAGGGUUGGAACAACAUUGCACCUUGCUUCACAAACCUGCAGAGAGAAGCCAGUGGAAGGUUCUCUAGCUUUAAGCAACAACAUCUUUUGGACAAAGGGGUUGAUUUAUCUGAAAUGAAGAGCCGGCUAAGUGUCAAUGCUAGUUCUAUGUGUGAAAGUUUAGAAGCAUUUCGGGGACGCUUCUUCCACUCUCCCAAAGGUAAGUUGACACAUACAACUUGUAUUCUAGUCAAAGGAUAA